AUGGACUUCGAUAGCUCUAUUCUCAAAAAGGUGAAAGAAAGACUCUAUGGCGUGGACACCGCCACACAGGCCAUUCCUUCCUUCGAAGAAUCCAUCUUAUUUCUGGCUCCCAAAGAGACUCAGGUAGUUUCGGUAAUUGAAACACAAAAUACGGAGAAGCCACAAAAGACCGUGUCCAAACCGCUUCGGCCAACACUCAAGACAGCGGCGGUGGCACUCCCACAAUUGGAGCUUGAUCUCUCUGACUUCCAAAAUGCACCGGUAUCAACUCAGAAAAUAGACACCCAUCCAGAAGGUGCGUCCCAGUUGACUCAAUUGACUCAGCUCCCUCACUUGAGUCAAUCGACCCAAAAUGUAGAAUCAGAAGAAAGUGCUCCGCUCGUAACCGCUGAAACUCAAAUUAUUCCAGACUCAAAGGAGACACAGCUUCUCGAAUCAGAGAUUGCUCGCGCAUCGCUCACAGACGAGGAAGAGGACCUCAAUGAUGACGCUAAUACGACUGUUGACUCGUCUAUCCAGAAGACGGUUACCACCAGGGCCGAGCUUGAUCAGAUCGAGCGGGACUUAUCUGACCAAAAACUCAAGAAGAAUAUCCAACCUGCAUUUGCACAAAAGUCAUUCAAUCCAAUCGAUCGUCUCAUGGAAGCUUUUGAUAGCGAGAGCGAACACGAAGAUCCGCUCAAUAGUGAAAACGCUGCUUCCGCUCUGAGCCCCAGCACCUCUCCAAUACAAGCUGCUACGGCUGCCAAGGGUGACAUUCAGCUUGAUGAUGAUGAAGAUUCCGACUUUGAAAUCCCGGAUGCUAUUGAUGUUCUUAACAACGGCAUCAAGGCUUUGACACCUAAGAAAAAGAAAUCUCCCAUUACUGAUUACGCCUUGAGACUCAAGCACCAACUCAUGUCAAGCCCUUCCAAUUCCUCGAGAGAGUUGAUUUCCUUAGAUGAUUCCGAUGAUGACUUGGCCAUAGAAGAACCUGUUGUCAUACCCUCCUUGAGCAAGGAACAGGAGUUGCUUGUGAAACAGAAGUUCUCCAAAAAGCUUCCCAGGAAGCUUCCGAAAAAAAGAGACCUCUUCACUUCCUUGAGACGUGCUAAUACAAAGCAAUUGCGUCAGAUGAAAUUGGAACAUCCUGACGCAGAAUUGAUAGAGGAAAUUGAGAAGGACGAGGAAGAAAUGGGUAACUUGUUGGAGCGGGAAAUGGAGCGCGCUAGAAGAGUCCGCAAGAAAGAAAAACAACAGGAAAAGGCCAAAGCAGCCCUUCUCCGAAUCUCCAACGGCGAUCUCAAUAAUUCGGACGAUAUGGACUACAAGUCCAACGAGGAGGAAGAGGUUCCUGACAGCGAUGAUGUUGCCGACUCGGACAUUCCAGAGUCAGGCCAGCUGGAAAACGAGGAUGAUUUAGACGAUGAUGAAAAUGGCUCAAAUGUAUUUAAGCGAGCCAAAAGAAUUAUUUUGAGCGAUGAUGAAGACAUUAUCGACGAGGAAGCUGCUGUGCCUGUCGCAAAACCAGCCUCGAGAUCAUCAGACCUUAGAAAUGAUGACAGUUAUAUGUUUGGAGGCGCAAGCCUAGAUAUCGAUGAAGAAGCCGAGGACGUUGUGACCCAUAUUCACAGCGACCAAGCUCGGCCUGAUACGCCUCUUGACUCGAUCAUUCAGGAUGGUUUUGAUGAAUCAUUGUCGCCAAAGCUUUUUCUGAACUUACCUCCUAGAUCGCAACAGAACAUCUCCAUGGACGAUUCUAUGUCAGCGAAUGUUACUAUAGAACCAAGACAUGUCCCUUCAUUUCAAGAAAUGAGCUCUACUCAAUUCUCUGCCGCACAUGAGCAAGAGACUCAAAAAGACUACAUAGGCACCCAAGCUGAUGAGGUGCUUCCUUCACAAGUAAUUCCGUACUCUGAUGACGAAGACGAAGACUUUGCGCUUGCAGUGAAGAGAGGCCGUCAGAGUGUGCUUCAGACUAAAGCAUCUGCGGAUAUCCAACCAAGCUCUGACAUUGAGGAUGUUGACCCUGCUGAAAAAGCAGAAAUCUUGAAACAGAAGCUCGAACUCUACGAGGCCAAGAUCCGCCGGAAGGAGUUAAAAGCGCGCAAGCUACGAAAAGAAAUGGAGCGCCGUGGAGUGAAGGGUGUUGUUGAAGGAGAGGCUGAGGAAUCCGAAGAUGAAUGGAAGGGUAUUGGUGGUAUUGAUCAAGACUUAUCUGACAAAGAAAACUCUGAAGAUGAGCGAAUGAUCGAUAACAAUUUCGACCUCGUUUUGAACGACGAUGACGUGCGUAAGAAGUUCAUGGAACAGUAUCAAAUCAAGGACAGACAAGAAUUGGAGAAGUUAAUCGACGAUAUAAAAAACCAUAGACUCACAAAGCGUGCCAGGUCUUCUCGAUUUGAUGUCGAAUUGAGCGAUGAAGAGGAUGAAAUUUUGAUGGCGUAUAGAAGAAAGAAGCUAGAAGAGCAGAAACAGCGACUCCUUGAGAACAAAAAAGUGAAUUCUUUGUUGAAGAGUGAGAAAUCGAAGGCUUUUUUCGAAUCCAUUGCCGAGGAAAUGAGUCCACACAUCCUUCUUGACAGUGAGAAUGAAGACUCUGUGGAAGAAACUCAAGAGGAAUCACCAUCUAUCGCGGACAGCCAAGUCACCGAAGGUGACGCCGAGUCUGUGCCAAUGAAGAAACACAUGCGCUUAGAUGAAGCAUAUGUCCAAAAACAGUUGAGUUUCUUGUGCAGCACGGAGGAAAGCAAGUACAUUCAAAUUCAACAGGAUGCAGAUUUCCAACAUGGAGUCGAUGAAGAGCCCGUGGAAGACAUCGCCGCUCUCAAAAGCAGGUGUAAAAGCAAUUUGUACUCCUUCAGCGGUGUUGACUCUCAGAAAGAAUCCAACAAAAGAGAUUCUGCCGAUUUACUUACGGAUGACGACGAAAAUGAUGACUUUGGUCAUGUCUUCAAGAAGCCUUCUAUGGUAAGCUCCUUCAAAUUGUAUCACGAGAAACAAGUUGGUCAGGUAUCAACAGGCUCAUUCAGUGGUGUGACUGUAAACAAACAAUACAAGGUGGCUUCUGGGUCGAAAGCUUCAAUAACGUACAUUUCUAAGAAUGUCAGCUUGAAGCAAACCGGCGUGCCAAUGAAAAGUGCACACACGCAGGCUAUCGAAAAGCGUGUUGACCACGCCAAACAAAAUAGCUCUCUAUUUAGAAAGGGAUCUGCCUUCGCUUAA